ACCUUCCUGGAGCACGUCAAGGCCCAUUGCCUUCCUUCCUGUGAAGGUGGGCAGCUGGACUGCAACGACAGCAGGUGGAGCCGAGUGUGCUCAUCACCUCGGAAAAACAGGCCCCUGGUGAUCUUCUCUGACGUUAAUCAACCGUCAGGCCCUGCAAGAGGGGAGGCAACACAUUUCCUGAUCUGUGGUCUAAGAUAGUGUUUUCCAAAGCCUAGAGUGAAUUUCAUGUUGUUGCAGAGGAAAUGAUGAUGCAAUCGUCCAGCAGCUGCUGCGCUCCAAUAUCCUUGCAAAGGAUAUGGAGCAAUGAAACAAGAAAUUGCACUAUAAGCAAAUGCGUCAUUGAAGAUAAAUGGAGAUGAAUGACUGACUACUCAAUGAAAGCCUCUGUAGCAGUGGGAUGGAAAGCAAAAGAGAAAGAACAGCAGUGCCAUUGAAGGAAAAGCAUGUCAAGAUGGAACUGAAGAGGAAUCCUGGCAGAGCUUCUCGUCCGGCUUCAGCUGCAAUCCGGGUGACUGACUUGAGUUGGCGAGGUAACCUAAAUCCCCGUCCGCUGAUUAAGGAUGGUGGAGAGCUACUUAUGGAUGAAUACCUUUCCCCCAGGAAACUGAAAGCUUUGACAGGGGUAGAUGAUCUGCAGCAAGUGAAGGCCCUAGAGAUGCGAGUAGAUACAAGAGAGAACAGCUUGGGGAACUUCGGUGCCUAUCUACCUAAUCUGAGAGAACUGAAGUUGAACAAUAGCUUGCUUGUAACUGUGAGGGAUCUUGGAACCACGUUGUCCCAUCUCCAUGUGCUGUGGAUGGCUCGUUGUGGGCUCUCAGAUUUAGACGGGAUCUCUUCCUGCAGCUCUCUAAAAGAGCUCUACAUAGCCUAUAACAACAUCGCAGACCUGAGCCAGCUGAGCUUGUUGGAUCACCUUGAGGUUUUGGACCUGGAAGGGAACAAUAUUGAGGACAUCAACCAGAUGCAGUAUUUGGGACUUUGUUGCAAACUGAGGAGCCUGACGGUGGAGGGCAACCUUAUUUGUCUGAAGCCAAAUGUGGAAUCUGCAGAGGAACCAGGUUAUAAUUACAGAGCUGAAGUGAAGAAGCUCAUUCCCCACCUGGAGUAUUUGGAUAAAAUACCAACAAGCCAGACUGCUAUCCCUCCUUCCAAGAAGAUGAAUGAGGACUGGCUAAUCAUCAAGGAAUCCAUCAAGGAAGCUGGUUUAGCCAGAGACGUUUCAUGGUUAGGUCCAUGUCUUGGGGCUGUAGCAAAGCAGUCUGGAUCCAGCCCAAGACCUCCCCCAGGUUCCAGCCCUGGAACUGCUCGGUGGUCUGCAAGUGCAGGAAGAUGUAGCAAUGCCCCCCUGUUGUACAGUGGCUCUCUUCUUCCAGAUCCGAUGGUUGCUGAUGAUCUGUUUCCAGAAGAUGACUCCAGUGAUUUGACAUAUGGACUCAGCCAAGUUAUAUGUGGGAACCCCAUCAAGGCCCUUCGUGCAAGGAGGCAAAAGCUAGGUCCACCUGCAGUGAGCCCCUUGAAACUGUGCAGUCUGAAGAUGGAAAACCCUUACGUCUCUGUAGGAGGAGGAGAUCUGAGCCAGAAAGAUGUCUUUUCUGAACUGAGAGUAUGGAGAGAACAGCAUAAGCGGUGCCCGCAAACAGGUCAGCAAGACAAGGCUGACCGAGCAGUGAAGAUAACUGUUAGCGAUGAGGAAGAGGAUGAAGCCUGCAGCCUGGCUGACAGCAGUGAGGAAGAGUUGAGGGAGGCUUCUGAUGAGGACCUCAUUGAUUCUUCCUGCCCCUCCUGUGUCUCACAGUCGUCUUCAGAUUCGUCACGUGCUCAGGAAGGCACAGCGUCCUCCAGCCUGAGCCGUUGUCUAAUUCCAUCUCCGCCGAAAAGCCCUUCGCCUGCCUCCCUAAGGGGUGUUCCAGCAAGACGCUGGAAAACCAGGAACCACAGGGUAAGGUGCCUAAAAGUGCUCAGCCAAGAGGAGGACAGGCAGUGGACACAGCAGUGCCAGUCAAGGGCUAGGAAAGAAACUUCAGCCCAGCCUCUGGGCAAGGAACUUGCUCUCCUGAGCCUGCACAGCGCGCCAGCGGCACGUGAGCCUUCACCCUUCGGAUCUCGAGGAGAGCACCAGCCUGAUGGGAGCACCGGCAGGCAGAGACCUAUUUCAGGACCAGCAGCUGUUGGAUCAACAAGCAUCAGGCCUGUCAUGGACAGGAGUCCCCCAGGAGUGAUCAACCAUCACCUGCUAGUUCUUCGCUCAGCUACAAAAGCCUCAGAGAGGUUUGGACCAGCAAAUGCAGUUUGGCCCCCGACUGCUAGGGCCACACUGCAGAAGUUGCCAGACAGACCUGCUGUCUCGACGUCUCAGAGCAAGAAUCCCCAGUCCUAGAAGGUAGCCUGGGUGUGUUGGAGCCAUUUACGGAGCACGAUCUUCAAUCACCGCGUGCAGUCCUUACACUUGAAGGAUCGAUGCUGUCUUUCAGCUGUUUCUGCAAGCUAAAAGCAGAGCUGUGCAAGUAGAGCAGUUUAAACAAAUGCUAUGAUUUGCCUCAAUUAAGGCUACAGCUGGUCCAGAAGUGCUUUCUUUAAAGAGCACCUGCUGAUCAACAUAAGAGCUAAUCAACCUCUUAUUACAGAAAACAUGGUUAUUUUUGCAGAGUUCAUGCACUAAAACAGAACAAGGCUUAACAUAUUUCCUCUCUUCUGCAUCAUGCCCUGCUCGGUGAGUGAGGCAGUGACACUAAACCAGACAGGGCUUAGAGACUGCAAUUUCUGGAGUGGGCUGGAGGAGGUGAGGGACAUAGGGCAUUUCCUAUCACACACGCCAGCCUGGCUUAGAAGCAGCCCCGUUGUCCUCAGUAUUUAGGGACAAAGCCAAAGGUUCGAGAGGAAUCCUUGACCUGAGCGUGUUGCAGGGGAGAGAUGCGAUGCCCACAUCCCCAGGACAGGAAGAGCCCGAGAAGGCUGGGUGGUUUCAGAGCUUAGCCCAUUCGGUCUCCUUGCGUUGCUACGGAACCAAACGCUGAAGAAGUGACUCGUUACUCUGUUAAUAUGUUUAUUUGCUCCACAGCUGCCUGGAAGGACUUCUCUCAUUUGCUGUGGGUAGAUACUGCAUACCAGAGUUUCAUAAGCGGUGCUGACCUCUGCGAGCAGGCUGUGCCGUGUCAGAGCCUCCUCUGUGUGUGCACUCAGGUGUCUCACCUCCAGUUCUUUAGGUCAAACAGCCUUUCCGAUUUCAUAUGACCGAGUAAUUUUAAAUAAUGCAGCAGCAAAGAUGAGGCAGGCAAGUAAGGAAAUGAUCUCUUGUUUUUCAAUAGGGCAUUUACUUUAUAUUUGGGUGUGAUUCAAAACAGCUGUUUUAGUGGCUGCAGACUGAAAUGCUGAUCCAAAUGUCUGUGGCAUGCAACUUUAUUGAUGUUGCAGUCUGAAACCAAACAUCAUCACGUUUUUUAUAGUCUAAAUUACCAUGUUAGAUAUAUAUAUUUUUAAUCACUUGAUAAAACAGUAAUUACGUGAUGAGUUAAUUAAUUGUUUUAUGUCUUCUUUCUACCGGUCAGCUUAAAGUAAAGGAACGGAACAGCAGAGAAGGCCCCAAACCUUCAGCUUGUCAUGGUGCUAGUUGCACCACUUUCUCUUACAAAAUAGUCUGCGGCUGGACGCUAGUUUGCCCAGUUUUGGUGGGCACUAGAGGGAAUUAUCCACCAAAAAGCAUCAAAAACUCCAUGGCAUGGCAUUCUGUGAAAUACUAUGGAUGCAGGCAGGACUUCCAGCCAGAUGUUGCCCAACAACAGUGCCUGUGUCAUUAAACUGGCUACUAAAAUUGACUCUUUGCCAGUGUCACUGGCCGUGACCAGAAACAUCUGACCUUGAAAAGAAAGAAGAAAGUGGCAGCAUAGUUUUCCAAAGUGCUCUGCACCCUCCCAGCCUGAUUGAAGUCCGCAGCCCUCUCUGGCAGUUGGUGCGGGUAACAAUUCGCCCCUUCUCUGUAGCAGGGGUGAGGGGUAGGGCCAUGUUCUGAGCCUCCUCCUCAGUUUGCAUCUUUGGUUUCAAAGGGGCUGAAAAAAGCACAAGUGAGUUUUUGUGCUUGGAAAAUGGGGUGGCUAGACUGGUCUGCCCACGUGCAUCUGUAGAUGCGGAACUCUGGGUGUGCAUUUGGAAGGUACUCCCAAAAGUGCUUGUGAGCUCUGCUCUCAGCAAACGCAGCUCGGCUCUGUGCAGGUGUUGGGCAAGGAGCUUCACUGGCGUGCAGGAGAGGGCUUGGAAAAAUGAUGAGGAAAAAAUGAUUUUUUGUCCUUGCAUUGCUAAAUUACCAUGAGCUGGUUAAUGGUUAGAGGGAAAAAAUGUGUAUGGGUGUCAUCAGAGCAGUCCUCACUACAUCUGCAUUCUGUGUCAUCAUUUAUCUAUCGUGGAGACCCCUAAUCCCUUGUCCUGCUGCCUGUCCAGAUCAACCUGGCCUCGAUCCCUGCACCAUCUCGUGAUGGAGUAACUCCUCGGGUGCGUGUGGCACUGCGGGCUGGGUAUACGAGACACGUACUUGAACUGUGUUUAGAUCAAGUGUUCUUGUGUUCUCUCAGUGUCACUGUGUGGUUUUAUUUGUGUCCAAAGGUGACAUGAAGGCCAGAGGAGUGAAGAGGUUGGCAUGAGCGCCGUGGCACCUUGUAGCAGGUACAAAGUGUGCUCUGGCAGGACUGUCCUGCAGCAGACAGCAGCAAUGCCAGGAGCUAGGGCCCUGGGAUACGUGGGGGUUCUUCUGGUCCAAAAGGGACAUGUAUGUGGGGUUUCAUCACAGGUUCUUCUGUCGCUGUUUCUUCUGCAUUGGUUCCUUAAAUAUGGACAAAGUAACUUAAAGAAUGAGUCCUUGCCUCCAGCUGGAUGUGACCAGUUUUGGAUGUCAGCGUCCAUCCCUCCGCUCCCGUGAUGGCCCGGGAGCUGCCGAUGCCUUUAAGCAUUGCUGCAUUAAUGGCAGGCUGCCAAACUGAUAUUUAGUGUACGAGCAGAAGAGAGGGGCGAGAUCUGCUCCCCACCACCACCUAUUAAUAAAUCAGCACCGCAGGGAAGAGCUUUCUGCCAGAAACGAAGCCUCUUCAGCACGUGCUCCUGGUGGGUCUGUUUAUUUCCCCAAAGCACUUCCCGCUUAGUGGGGGCGAAGCAGCCCUGCUCCCCUGUGCCUUUUUCCUCCCUCUGAUGCCUUUAUUACAGUUGCUCUGCUCUGCCGGAAGCCGCCGUGCUCCGGGACAAGGAGCAGCUGGGGGGGUUUGCUAAGGGAGCAGGGGCAGCUGCGCUGCUCGGGGCCAAGGGAAGAAGGAUUUGGCCCCAAAGUGCUGCUGCUGCUGCCUCAGCAGGGCAUGGGCUGCUUUGCGCUUGGAACAAACUGGAGAGGAGAUACAUUCCCUGACUGCCAAGGAGGAGAGAGCCCAGGAGACAUCUUCGGGGGUAUGGCUACUCAGAUGGUUUGUGCUGUAGUCUCUCUGUUUAUAAAAUAGGGUUUGAGGUGGCUUUGACACCUGCUUGGUGCCAUGCAACGCCACGGGAGCCUGUAGCAGAGGCAGCCGAGCAUCCCGCUCCGUCCCCCAGCUGCUCUGGAGGAGCAGCACCGUGGUGUGGGAUGGGUGGUGCUUGAGGGCCCCUCUUGAGUUUUCGUCUUUGUUUUCAUCUUUGUUUUUCUCCUGCUGCCUUUGGGAUGAUCUGAACCGGGCAGCCUUGCUGGAAGGACAGACAGAAAGCUUUUCCUUGGGAUCUGAAAGACAACGGGGUUAGCUCACAGACAGCGUCGUUUUUUAAACCUCACUGUUCAUCUCUAGCGGAUUGCACUCCAGAACCCCAAAUUGUUUUAUGGCAGGCUAGAGGUACCAGGCCGCUGCCCUUCGGGAGGGUCUGCAGCUCCCCUGGGACCCGUGCUUUGGUGCAUCGGGGCUGGGCUGACCCAGGCUCCUCAAUUCAAAGCCUCUGAGCACCAGGUAGGCAGGGGGUUAGAGGCACAGAGUCCCUGGUCCUGAACCCGGUGGGUCACGGUGACUUCCCAGUCAAACACCUGUAGGAUGGUGGCACCUUCAGCAUCUCCGGCACCUUCAGCGGCCCCACCAGGGCUCCCGUUGCCUCCCCACCUCCCAGCAGAGCUCUCCUAGUGGAGAAAGCGCUGGGAGCCCCUCACUCAGCACCGAGGGGGUGAGGAGCACCGUUCCUGCGCCAGUGAAAAGGGGGCCUCGAAGCAAGAAGGUGACCCGAGCAGGGAGACGCUCCCCCUGGGGAGCCCCAGUGCAACCCUCCGUCACUCCUGAGCUCAUGCUGCAGCCCAGCUCACGUGGGGAAUAUUCCCAGCUAAUGCGGGGAAUAACCCAUCCUUUUUCUUUGCUGCGAGCAGUGCUCAGGCCAGGGCCUUGGAGAGGAAGGCGCUGCCACACGCGAGUUGUCCUCUGGGAUUAAUUGGUGACACAAGAAGAGGCUGGGCUGCUGUGCAGGGCUGCGGAGGCCGGUGUGUGUAAUUAUGGGGUGCCUGGUGGCAAACGAGCUUGGCAGAUGGAGGAAGGCGCGGAGACAGCUCCGCCGUGCCCUCGGUGCCGCUGCCCCAACCAGCUGCUGCAGGGAGGCCGAGCCGGUUUUCCCCAUCACAGCUUGCAAAGCUGCCCCUGCCCUUCCAGAAGUCUUUGGAGGGCUUGGCUUGUAGGGUCCCGUGGUUCACCCUGGGUCUGAAGUUCCACAGCUGGAAAAUAAACGACCGCUGAAGGCAAAAUAAAGGGUCAGGUUCCUGGGUGCGGAGCUGCGGUGUUAUUGGUAAGCCUAAAAGCUGCCCGAGGGGGAGCGUGGCUGGACCCGCGCUGAGACGAGCCAGGGCUUGGUGAGCAGGAGGAAUAGCUUGGGAUGGACGCUAGAGGGGAGGAGAGAGUCUCGCAAGCUUUGACUUUUAAAAGUAGAAGAGGAGACCAAAACCAGGCACCUUCGGAGGGUUUGGGGUCCACGUCCCCUUCUCUAUGCCUCCCAGCCCGGCCUCGCUGGGGAGGAAACCGAGAGGACAGGGCAUCGAGGGGUGUCUAAGAAUUAUUUUUCUUUAUUGAAAAAAAAAAAAAGCUAAAAUGCUGUCUUUUCCCUUAGAGGUGUUAUGUUCCCCUUUCAACUGCUAUUGCACAAUACCGAUUUUUUUUUUUGGAUUAUGAACAGUCCAGGGGAAGCUGAAACCCAAAGACAAAUCUUCGGAUUAGAUUAGUGGCCUGGAAAAACAAAGGAGAGGCCCUUGUUGCUACGGAAAGAGUGACGGCUUCGCCUUAAGAUCGAGCAGACUUUGCAAAGAAUGGUUAGCUUGUCUUUUUUUUAUAUAUAUUUUUCUUUGCAGUUUGAAAAAAGCAAACACUCUGGCAGAGAUAAGAGCUUGCAAACAGGUCGGCCCCGAGGGGGGGAGAAGAGGUGGAGCAGGUCAGCUAGCUCUUGUCCCGGGGGACUCGCUGGCAGCUGGCUCAGGGGAUUUACGGGGGAAGAUAAGCAAAAAGAGGGAACGUUUCUGGGAGGUCCCAGCUCCGAGUAACUAUUUACGGUCAGACACUACGUGUGCCGGACUGUCGGCACCACCGCUAUUUGCACUGACAGUGUCCGAGGGUCUCGCAGCCCUUGGCAGGUUCAGCAAGGUGGAUCGGGGUGGAGGAGACAGGAAUUGUGACGAACGGGCUUUAUCAUAGCCCUUGUGAAAACGCUGUCCCGCGGGUUAAUAAAGUCUGGCACCUGCCGUGAUUACGUUUUUGCAGGGAGAUGAUUACGAGAGGAUAAAACACGGGGAAAGCACCUCUCCUUGGGGACCGGCCACAGCUCGUUCACAGCAGAUUUUAUACCCACCAGGGCAGAUGACGGGACCUGGCCGUCCCCAUCCAGCUCCUUCUUGUCCGUGCUGCUGUACGUACCCUUCUGCUUGCCCUUGGAUGAGGGCAUAGGGAUCCCAAAAGUAAGGUCCUUUUCUCAGUCACCCGCCCUGCCCCUGCUUCCCAUGGAGAGAGAUGCUUGUCCGCUUCCCUCCUCGACCUUCACGCUCCUCCUGCUUUUGCAAACUGGGGUUGCUGCCCCCAUUUUCACUGAGGCUGGCUGAAAUAUGAAUGUAUGUAAAAAAAUAUGAAAAUAAAUAAAUAUGAAUAUGAACGUGCUGAUGUGUAUGUGCAGAGCUGGUCCUUCGCUCUCCAGGCCCCGCGCGUGGCUCGGCAGGGAUCCCGGGAUGCCGGCAGGGUUUGCCUGGUUGCUUUUAAUGGGCACUGGGGCUGUUCCCUGCCACAUACGAUUUAUUCAUGUUCUGGAUCACAGAGCUUGAAUGGUCUUUCCUAUUUCCAAUGCCUCUGUCGUGGCCUCAUUUGCAGGGUGAUUCAUGAGGCGAGCUGCAACAAAAGCUUUCCUCCCCCUGCCCUGCUGGCCAGCACAAACGUCCCUUGUCACUGGACCCUCUGGCUUUUUGGGUCCCCAAUGAUCAGUUGGGGUGAUUUGGGGCUCCCAAAUCACCCCUGUGUCCCACUGCUCCAGAAGAGACGUCCAGGAGAAAGCUGCCCCCAGCCUGGCCAGCUCUCCGUGCUCAGAGCCACGCGGGGCAGCGUCCCCUCGCCCGCCUUUGUUCCCUGUGCCAUGGCUCUGGCUGCGCUGCCGGCACCCUGGGAAUGGCUCCACGUUUCCCAAGACAGCCUUUUUUUUCUUUAACACGAGCACAUCACAAUAACAGCCACGAUUGGAUAAAAUGUUUGUUUUCCGCACAGCACAGAACCGAAGGGCUGCUGGCACUGCUCCUCGCUCACAGGCUGUUAGUCCCCUCCUAAUUUCCCCUCUCAGCGUCCCCGCAGCAGGAUGCCAGCAGGACACGGGCGCCAUGGGACCGACUGUGCCCAGGGCAGGUGUUUGCCUGCACUCAAUGGGGAGGCCGAGCACCCGGUGCUGCCUCCAUCACCCAAACUCCUGUUCCCUCACUGCGUGGCAGUGCCAAGUGCUGCUCUGCCCCCCCGGCUCAGCCCUGCAGCAUCCCGCCCUUUUCUUGUUUGUUUUUCUCCCCUUCGGAGCUAUUUCUUUACCUCCCAUAUGCCGUAAUAAUUACGAGCGAUAACUUCACAGCUGCUCUGCUAUUCUGGGCUCGGCAGAGCCGCGCGCCUCCGCCUUUCCUCCCUCCCACGGCUCCAGGUCAGCGUCUUGGCUCCGGCACUCAGGGAUUCCUGAGAUUUCUUCGACUCCGGAGGAUCUGGGCCCUUUUCCCCUCCGUCGCCAUCUGUCUCCCACCCGCUCGCCCCAGCACCGCCAAGGGGGACGGGGCUGCAGCAUCCUCCUGUUACCAUGGAGAGAGGCGAAGCAGCGAGGAUGCGGCCCCCCAGCCCUGAAUUUAAGGCCUGUGAGCCUUAAAUGCUGCUGCUUGGGGGUGACAGCAGCUGCAAAACGGGGCUGGUGGAUGGAGGUUGUGUCCUGCACCAGCCUGGGCUGACCCAGGGAGCACUCUGCUGAAGAGAUUGGGGACAGCGAGGGGCUAGGGCAGCAGGCACUGCUCCUGCCUCCUGAGAGAAGAGGCACGCGCUGUGUUCCCCGUUACAGACCCUCGUGGCUAGUGGUUUAGCUGGGUGCUGAGAGCCCAGACUGGAGAUACCAGAGGACAAGAGGUUUCUGCUGGCUCCUCCGGAGGCAAGUGCUGCAUCGGUCCUGCCCCACUCACCGAGCAUCCGUGCCCUAGAAGCACAUCUCCGGCACAGCUGAGGCUUGGCAGAAAUGUGUUUGGGGAGUCAGCGAGACGUGUGAGGCUCUGCCUGGCACCGACAUGCCCACAAGAGGCUGCUCCCUGCUUCCCAAGCCGUGCGAGACAGGCGUCUCCUCGCCUUGGUUUGCCAAAAUCUGGGUGCACUGCACUGACUUUCCAGCUCCAAGGGCCCUGCUGUAAGCCCUCGUUUGCACCUGGAGUAGAAACGUACAUCGGGGGUGACAUCUCCUCCCCGCCAGACCCCACUGGACGCCUGUGCUGGGUCUCCCCACAGGACAAGGCAGACACAACUUCUUGGGGUCAUCCCAAAAACUGGGAGCGGGCAGGGAGGAGCGGGUCUUGUGCACCCCGAGGCUUCUUGUGCAGUGGGACAACCACAAAAAUCACCCCCUGUGCUUUUGCUUGGCAGUCACAGUGCUCCACGCCAAAUUUCUCUGUGCCCAGAGGGGCUUUGGAAGAGGCACCACAGCGUUACCCACGCAAGCCUUGCUGCCCGCUGCGAGCCCACCGAGACUCUCCUGCGGCGUCCCAGCUCCCCACCGAGCCCUGGGGGGGGGC